AUGAGUGAUUUAUUAGAUCAGAUUUCCCAAAUCCAAAAGAAGGGCAAGAAGUCUAAGAAGCAGAAUAAGAAUAAGGAGUCGAACAAGGAAUCGACCGAAGGAGGCUCAAACGUCAUCCACUUAAAUUCUUUAGAAGCUCUUGCCGAAAAAGCUAGAGAUUUAAAGUUCGAGGUUAAGAGAACAGAGAGAGAUGACGAUGAUGAUGCUCCACAAGAAGUCUUUAAGUUCAGGGAAGAGAAAAAAGGCCCACAACAUGCAAUUAUUCUUGCACCAACAACAAUCAGACUUGAUGUUAACGAUGUUAGAGCUAUUUUCCCCAAUAUGUCAAUUGCAAAGAUUUCCCAAGAAUUUAUGUAUUUUAUUAUCGAAUUUACAAAAGAAGAAGACAGAAAAUUAGCUCUUAAAAAGAACAGAAUGCAGUUCCGUAACGGUGUCAUACUAAUCGAUGAAUAUGAACUUUCACAAGAAAAUCCACAAGCCAGCAGAGGAUACCAGCCCAGCUAUGGCAGAGGUUCAUACUCCGGCUACGGUGAUGAUGCCUACGGAGAAAGAUCAUUCCAGAGAAAGCAGCAGCCAUCACCCUCUUACCAACCAUUCACAGGACAGAGAAAGCAACAGCCAAACCCACCAACCAGCGACGGCGGAUACGGUUCUCGCGAAGGUGGCUACGACUCUUACGGCCGUGAUAGUGGCUAUGGCGGCGGAUACGGCCGUGAUCGCUACGGCGGCGGUGGCUAUGGCAGAGGCGGAUACGGCGAUAGCUACGGUGGCCGUGAUCGCUACGGUGGUGGCGGCGGAUACGGUGGCCGUGAUCGUUACGGCGGCGGUGGCUAUGGCAGAGGUGGAUACGGUGGUGAUGAUUAUAACAGAGGUGGCUACGGCGAUCGCCAAAUCAGUGUAGGCGGAAGGCAACAGCCAAAUUCUUAUGCUCCUGCACAGCCAGCUGCUGCACCAGAUCCAAACAAGAAAUUGACAUUCAUGGAAGCAAGAAGAUUGAAACAACAACAGGAAGCUGCUCAACAGGAAAAUCCACAGUAA